GAGCGUGCGAAUGACAGCAAAUGUGGCGCGCUUUCCUCCGAAAGUGAAUCCUCCAGCAGCAGAAAACAUUGGCUGGUUUCGCUGUUCGUUCGAUAGUUAACUCGUUAUUCCAAUCAAACCAUCGGCAGCUGUUUCCGGGAACAAACCGAAAUGUUGGACCUACUGAGCUGGACUCCGGAGUACUUCAGCGCGAACGAGGCAUCAUGCGUAGAGCUGCUGUCGAAACCGGAAGUACGCAACCGGAUACCGCUGCUGAAUUGCACCCAGUUGCACGAACUUCAGGACCAGGCGCUGGUUCGCUUCCGGGGCAUGAUACAGGAUAUGCAGGACCCGGAGUGUUACCUGGAACGGUACGAGGUUCGCCGGAAAAGCGAUAAGACCCUGGUACGGGAACAGAAUGGGAAGUAUCGUGACAUUUUGGUAAUGUCCAAAGGCGAAGAGGAGGUGGAUUUCAAGGGUUCUAACAAUAAAUAUGGGGAGCGACGAUCGAUGUUUGUUAUCUCAAUCCCUGGCUACAACAGCUGGGCUGUUGAAUCGGAACGAAAGAUGAAUCCUACCUUGACAAACGGUACGGAGAAUGGGACCACUUCGAAUGCCAAAAGAUCCCUUGAGGACGAAGAUGCUAUGGAAAUCGAACAAUCAACUGAACAUGGUCAAGAUCAUGUCUUCAAAAAACCUAUGAUUCCGAAUGGUGUUGGUGGGUCUAAUAGCAAAUCAGUCGUGAAUUUUGAUUCGUCGAAACAGAAAACCCAACCUAAGGUACUUUCUGCUGAGUAUCUGUUGAAUUCGCCAAUUCCAGAACGGCCAAGCAAGGCCUGUUUGGUCAUACUUUAUUCCAAUAUCGACGAAGCUACUUUGAACACUUUGGUCGAUGUGGUGGGUUUCCUAUCGGUAGAUCCUGCCCUGGACGGAAGCACCGAUCAAAUGGACGACUUUGAAGAUGAGAUGUCGGAACAUCAGGCCAUCAAUCCUCCACCAUCGCUGAUACCGCGUAUACACGCCAUCGACGUUUUGAAGCUCAAUCAUUUGAAUCCAAUGAUACAAUCGGCAUCACAAAAAAACUUCCAAGAGUCGGUGAAUGAGGCCACGUUUAAAGAUCUGCAAAACUUAUUGACACAAUGCCUGUUCGGUGAUCGUGUUGCGGCUGAUUAUCUGCUGUGUCAUCUUUUGUCCACCGUUUACAUUAGGAAUGAGGUAGAAUCGCUGGGACAGUUUAGUCUCAAUUUGAGCAACAUUCCCGCACAGGCAUUGCCAAACUAUACUGCAGAUUUCUAUGGUAUACUGGAACUACUACUCCCAGCCAGCCACUACUUCCCGAUGACGCUGGAAAACAUGAAUUCUGUACAGUUUGUUCCGAAAAAAGACUACACCACUAACAAACUGACUAGUGGAUUGCUGCAACUUGCCGCCCAUACCCAUCUGCUGCUGGAUGAAACAAGGCUUCAAACGGGCAAGCUGGAAAGCGGUGGAGUCGAAGCAGUCCAGAACAUUGCUCAUCUCAUUCGGACACAGAAACUCAAAUACAACUUCCAGUACUACCAACUGGAGUUCAACACAGACGUUCCGGUGCUGGUGAUGAGCGAAGGACGCAGCAUGCUGCCGACCAACUGCCAAGUUCCGAUUCUGCCGGAUCCGGACACGGUGCCGCUGAUUGGAGAAACCAUCAAAGCUGGCAAACAUUUUGUCCAGCCCAAGCUUGCCGACAUCAGGCGGUUUCUGACCCUGCAGCGGAUACAGCAGUUCGACAUGAAGGACUUCGAUCCGGAGGUCAUUUCCAACGAUUUUUUACAGAUGCGUCGGGAUAAUGCAGAAGCAUCAGCAGAGGAUUUGCACUCGCUGCUGGUGCUGGCUCGGUUGGUUUGUCUAGCCCGCGGGAAGAACAGUAUGGACCAGGAAAGCUGGGAGUACGCCAAACAGUUGGAACUGGAGCGGAAAAGGCGAGUGGAGUUGUUUGUCAAGCGGAAAAAUGAGCAGUGAAUAUUUGUACCUGUGUUUGUUAAAACUUUUUCAAUAAAUCUUGCUGGUUUUAUAA